GUGUCAAACUUACAUCAGUGCGUUCGCGCGCAUUGUUCAAGUGUUGUUUUUAUAGAAUGUUUACAAUAUUAAAUAUCAAAAAAUGCCACAUGCAGUACGAAAAAUGUUACAAAAAAAUAGCUAUUCUUACGAUGAACCAGAUCGAAUACCGCAUAAUAUUUCUAUAAGUUAUAUAGAUAUUUUUAUGUAUGUGAUUGCUAUUAUUGGUCAUUUUGUGGAUUUGGGAUUGGAUAUUAAUGUAGCUAUACGAUAUUCGAUUUCGGGUAAGAUGAUGGAGUUCGGGUGGACAUUGGCAUUUAUUUUGUUACCAGCGUUUGUCAACACAGCGGUCUCAAUAAGAAUGUAUUCUCAAGACAAGCAGCAAGACUCAAUAACCAACGAGUUCACCAAACGUAAAUGGUUGAGGAUUUUUAUUCUAGUUCUCCAAAUGGCCCCCAUACUACGCUUCAUUGAUGCAUUAAUUUACGCGGUCAAGUCACGGCAAGCCCAGAAGAGGAAUGACCCAUCAUCCCAACGUUUGUACUACUCGUUGAUGCUCAAGGAGGAUUCAGAUGCAGCAUUGUUACGUAUUUUUGAAUGCUUCCUAGAGGCGGCACCACAGCAUGUGCUGCAAACUUGCCUCCUGAUGCAGCAUUUACAGAGUGAACUUGACACUCAUCUCAUAUUACACCAGGUGCUAUCUAUCAUCUCAUCAGUUAUUGGUAUGGGCUGGUGUCUGGCGGCCUACCAGCGGGCUGUAAGGUUUGCGCAGAAGGAUAAAGAUAAUGUCACAUGGACUGGCAGUGCUGUUCAAACCUUGUGGCACUUUCUAGUCACUUUAAGCCGAGUGAUAUCUAUAUCUAUAAUAUCAUACCUGUUCCCUCAUUGGACCAUCCUGGCCUGCUGCGUGCACAUCCUCAUCAUGACUAGCUGGUUGCAGCUCUUUGAUAGAUCUCCGUUCUGUUCCGACAACAGACUGGGUGAACUAUGUUUCUCUCUUGCCCUCGGAGCGGUUUACCUUUUCACAUACAUCUUACCGAUCGAGGGUAGGACUAGGUAUAGGUAUAGUGUUUAUUAUAGUAUAUGUUUUAUACAGAAUGUUACAUGCAGCUUCAUAUGGAUAUUUUAUACCAACAGUUUUAUGAGGACUCCAGUAUAUUUUUAUACGUUCUUAUUAUUGUGUGUCGUGCCAUACGUCAUGGGUGUAGCGUUGAUGUGUUUGUACUAUGGUUUCCUACAUCCUAAGACGAGGUUCAAAGAUGCUGCGGUCAACUUUAAAACUGAUGCACAGAUUGUUGAAGUCAGUUGACAUGAGGUUUAUCCUUGCCAAAUGUAUUUACCAGUAUUGAGAUGUGGAAUGUAUAAAAUGUUGUAUCAAUACUCAAAUGUAUCUUAACAUUGAAGACUGAUUAUUUAUCUAGAACUGUACUUGCUAUUAACCUACAGUUAAAUGCUCCAUAGUAACUAAGUGAAAAGUUUUUGUUAAAUUUUCUAUUGAGAAUAUCUGAAUCUCUCUUAAUUUUGUAUGUAAUUUUUAAUGUAACAAUGUAUUUUAUAUUAUUUUUAAUAAACAAAAACAAACUUUAACAA